UUGACAGGGUCUGGCUUUGGAUCCAAGAUGAAUUACGGGUCAGGGUUUUUCCAUUUGAAGAUAAAAGUACCAGACAGAGAUUCCGCUGGAGUAGUCACAGCUUACUAUCUGACAUCCCAAGGAGAGAGACAUGACGAAGUGGACUUUGAGUUCUUGGGGAAUAGAGAAGGCAAGCCUUACACGUUACAGACAAAUGUGUUCGCAGAUGGCAAAGGCAACAAAGAACAACGAAUUCGUCUUUGGUUUGAUCCCUCUGCUGAUUUUCACGAUUACAAACUUCUUUGGAACCCCCACCAACUAGUGUUUUAUGUGGAUGAUAUCCCAAUAAUAUACAAGAACAAGAGCAAUAAGGGAGUGGCAUACCCAUCAAAGGCAAUGCAAAUCGAAGCAACGUUAUGGGAUGGAGAUAGUUGGGCCACUGAUGGAGGCAAAGCCAAAACCAAUUGGAGCUUUGCUCCUUUCAAAGCUUUCUUUCAAGCUUUUGAUGUUAAUGGCUGCCAACUUCAACCCUCAAGCAGUAAUAAUAAUGAUUGUGCUUCUAACAAGUUCUGGUGGAAAAGCCAGUUCUGGCAGUUGGAUCCUCAGAGACAAGCUGCUUAUCAAAAUGUUAAGAACAAGUAUAUGACUUAUGAUUAUUGCUCUGAUAAAACUAGGUACCCUGUACCUCCCAUCGAAUGUUCUUAUAAUUAA